UCUCGUCCCGCGACGCGCCAAUCCACCCACAGUCGAGUCCGCCACGCGCGCCAGGGAUCUCUCGCGCGCGCGCGUUCUUGUUUCCGCAUCUGUCAAAAGUGCCCCGUAAAAGACCUCAUUGGACUUUUUCGAGUGCGCGAGUGCACGAGAACUCUUCCCGUCCCGGAGUGAGCUCGAGAAAGUUCGCGAGGGCCGAGAAAAUCGAGCUCGAAGUCGAGGAAGCAGCGUCGCGAACUUGACAGCUGAAGGAGCGAGUCGGAGCGGUGGCGGGAUUUCGCGGGUGUCGCGGCGAUAAUUAGUGGACUAAAUUGCGAAAUUGUGUUCCGGAAAAUCAUGGAAAAUCCACUCAACCCCCCUCACCACCCCCCCUGUUUUUGAGGUUAUGUAGCGCAUUUUAUAGAGGGCGUUACGGGACGAGGCAGGCAGGGGUUGGUCGUCGCUUUCGCGCGCUGUACUCCCGCGCUUACGAGAUCCACGUCCGCAAUUUUUCACGGAAUAUUCGGCGAUCGGCUGGUCGCACGAGUCCUGGGAGUAGCAUGUGAGGAGGACGGACCGAUUCUCCGGAUCGUCGCCGGAAAAUUCCUAGGACGCAAUUAAGGAAUAAAAAAGCGCGGUCGGAGAGAGAGAGAGAGAAAGGAGCUGGGCAUUAUGGCGAUCGGGUGCGCAUAGACGACGUCGAGCACCUCCGUUCCUCGUCGAUUUUUCGCCGUGGGAAUCGUGGAAACCGGACGGAUUUCCUAGACCGAGGCUCCCCGCUGUCGCGGAAGUCCAGGAGAAAAUUAUCCCGAGGGAGAGCCGAGUCUACGAGUCGAUAAACGGGCGACAAGAUGCCGCAGACCAGUUUGCAGGAGAAAAAGUCUAUGCAAACCUACUUGCAAGGGGGCAAGGCACAGUCCUUAAAACGCAAGAGACGUACAACAGAACUCUCAGAAGACUCAGAAAACAUAUAUCCACCUACUAAAGUAGCGGCUUUGUCUCACGUCUCCUACCCAGAAUCCUGUCAUAAUGCACACUCAGUGGACGCUGCAUGCACUCCCCAGCACCAGACGUCUCCCUUGAAGGAGCAGCAGGAGCACGAACCAGCCACAUGGUCGGAUUUAAGAACUUCGACUUGUUUCCUGACACCAUCGGCCUCUAACAGCACAUCCAUCAGACCUAGUCCAUUACCAUCCCUCCCAUGGGCCGAUGGCACCCAGGUGUGGUCCCUCAUGUGCCUCGGGGAUGAGAAAACUUUACUUCAGAGAGAUCCAGAAAUGUUUCGAAGGCACCCAACAUUGCAGCCACGAAUGAGAGCAAUUUUACUGGAUUGGUUGAUUGAAGUUUGCGAGGUGUACAAACUGCAUAGGGAAACUUACUACCUCGCUAUGGAUUAUAUAGAUAGAUAUCUGUCCAUUCAUAAAGAUUUACCCAAAAAUCAGUUGCAGCUCAUAGGAAUAACUUGUCUUUUUAUUGCAUCUAAGGUCGAAGAAAUAUAUCCACCCAAAAUCGCGGAGUUCGCGUACGUCACGGACGGAGCCUGCACGGAGGAAGAAAUUUUGGGAAAGGAAUUGAUCAUCUUAAAAGGACUCGGGUGGAAUCUGUCUCCAAUAACCGCUCCAGGUUGGCUGAAUAUUUACAUGCAAAUUGAAGCGGGCGAUUCGUCCAGACCAAACACAUUUAUAUAUCCACAAUACGGUGGACUGCAAUAUUCUCAAGCGGCUCAGCUGUUAGAUCUGGCGACUUUGGACGAGGGCUGCUUAAAGUUUCCCUACAGUCACAUAGCCGCGGCGGCGCUUUAUCACACCCAGGGAAGGGAGUGCGCAAUAAGGGUGUCCCGACUCUCGUGGGAACAGCUCGCUCCCUGCGUCAAGUGGCUUACAGCGUUCGCCACCACUGUCGCGGAAGAGGAGUCCCAGUCUCUGCUGAGGGCUACAAUCAUGCCUGCGGAAUCGCACUCCGGAUCCGGACUAAAGGCCACCGUACCUAAUAUCGUAGUGGAUGAAUCGCAUCGCAUACAGACUCACGUGGUCGAUUUGAAUAUGUUGGAGAAGGCGCAGCAACGACUGACCGGAGGCAUUCCGAGCGGCUACGCGAACGAUUCGGACACGAAUGUCGAACCUGGUAGGCAAAGCCCGAACGAAAGUGGUCUUUUGACCCCACCGUCUAGUAAUCAAAAAAAUUCCCCGCUGUCGUCAUGUCCCACACCACAGUUGCAUCCUUAUACAUAAUCGAGUGAUUGCGAACGUUUUAUAUACUAAAUAUAGUAAAUAAUUGUAUAUUUACUAUAUUUAGUUGUCAAUUACUUGGCAGUUACAAUGAUUUAUAUGGAAAGCGCAGCGUACUUUGAAAAAAAGCACUGCCACAAUGCAAAUAUGAGAAAAUGCUAGUAGCAUUAACUGUCGUGACAUGUUAUUGUAUAUAAUAUGAAGCUUUCUAAUUGCGUCUAUUUCGAUUAAACAAUUGGACAUUAAUAAUAAUGAGAUUCAGUAAAACGUAUCAAGCAUUUUUUAACGUGCACUAAAAAUAGCACACUUGGUUCAACAUCACUAAUUUUAUUACAGACAAUUAAAAAAGUGGCUCUGUGUUGCUUAAAAAUGUUUUUGCAAACAUAUAUUAUGGACUUAAAAUAGAAGCUAUACAUGGCUACUUUUCUGUGAUUAUAUCCACUGUACUGAAAUUUCAUGUCUUAUAUUAAUUAAGAUUAGGCGUAAUUUAUGUUUAAUAUUUUACAAACGUAAGCGUAAGAAAAGAGAAAUAUUAGUGCCUGCAAGAAGUGUCCUUAAAUAAAUAUUUCUACCUGAUUUUGAGAGAGAGAGAGAGAGAGAGAGUAUAUAUGUGAAUAUAGUAUUCUUUUAUACACUGUGUAUUGUAAUGCAAUGUAUUACGGCAGUGCUUUUUUGUGCCGGAUACAUGUAUUUUUUUAUGUAUAUGUAUAUUUUGGAGAAUCUAUUGAAAGGAAGAUCUUUAUUCUUCUCUCUUAAAUUAGAAUGAAUGACGGGAAGGAUGAGUGAAUGGAUCGUGUGGGUAAAAUAAAAAUGAAAAAAAAAGACUAAUUAUCCUUAUUAACUAAGCAUGAAAAUUUUGUGGUAAAUUUGCACUGCCCGGCAUGUAAUAAUAACGCGGCGGUUUAUACUUGUAUGAAGAGUUUGACAAUAAAUAAAGUUGUAAACGAUUA